GAGGAGGAGGAGGAGAAAGAGAGAGAGAGUGAGAGUGAGAGAGAGAGAGAGCGGGAUGCUGACAGAUUCCUGAUAGAUGGCUAAAAUGGCGAAAGCGUGUUCGACCCCAGCGAGCCACCAAACUGUAGCACUGUAGGUCGGAACAUGUGACGCUAUAGUAGCUGAAGAAGCUGGAUAUAUCUAUCUCUCUCUCUGUGUGUGUGUGUUGUGUUUUUUUUUACCCCCCUGCGUCUAUUCACCUCACGUUGUCUUCUUCUGCAAGUGCUGGACUAUUUUCUAUAUAUAAGUGUUUUAAAUGGCAUCCACAAGGCGCCGCCGCCUUGUCCCGUGCUUUUUGGGAUUACUCCUAAAUGCUUUAAUCGGUGUGACGUGCGAAGCGGAGCUCUCCUUCACGCUGGAGCCCAGUGACAUCAUUGCCGUUCAGGAGCAGCCCCUCAUGCUCCACUGCCAGGUGGACGGCAUCCCCCCAAUUACGACACAGUGGAGGCACAACGGCCUGCUUUUAACUCAGGAUCAGCAUCACACCACCUUCAUCAACGGCUCACUCCUGAUCGCUCACUUCCAGAAGACCAAAUCCGAUGGCUCGUCUGACGAGGGCGACUACGAGUGCGUGGCCGAGAAUUCCUUUGGGCUGGUGGUGAGCCGCAAGGCUCGUAUUCAGGCAGCCACUAUGGCAGACUUCCAUGUCCAACCAGAGUCGGUGCGUGCUGAGGAGUCCGGUGUGGCCAGAUUCCAGUGCCAGAUCCACGGUCUGCCAGAGCCUGUCAUCAGCUGGGAAAAAGACCGCCGUCCGGUGGACACCAAGGACGAGAGGUACACCCUUCUGCCUACAGGUGUUCUGCAGAUCACAGGAGUGCGUGAGGAGGACAGUGGAAAGUUCUGCUGUGUGGCCCAUAACAGUGCAGGAGUGAAACACAGCACUGAGGCACUCCUUACCGUUUCAGGCUCUCAGUCAUCUGUUUACAAAGAGCCUAUGAUAGUGGUCGGUCCAGAAAACCUCACCCUCACUGUUCACCAAACCGCCAUCUUGGAGUGCGUGGCCACCGGAUAUCCUCGGCCCAUCGUGUCGUGGAGCAGACUAGACGGCCGUCCCAUCGGUGUGGAGGGAAUCCAAGUACUCGGCACGGGGAACCUGAUGAUCUCCGAUGUUGGUGUGCAGCACUCAGGGGUCUAUGUGUGUGCUGCUAACAAGCCAGGGACCCGUGUUCGUAGGACUGCUCAGGGACGUCUGGUGGUCCAAGCUCCAGCAAAGUUUGUUCAAUCUCCGCAGUCCAUCGCUCGGCCCGUCGGCACCACCGCCAUCUUCACCUGCCAGGCGCAGGGUGAGCCUGAGCCGCAGCUCACCUGGCUGAAGAACGGGCAGAUCCUGGAGCCUGGGGGUCACGUCAAACUCAGGAACAACAACAGCACACUGACGAUAUAUGGUAUUAGCCAGGAAGACGAGGCUAUCUACCAGUGUAUCGCUGAGAACAGCGCCGGCUCCACACAGGCCAGUGCCCGCCUCACAGUGCUCUGGGCUGACGGACUGCCUGGCAUGCCCGCCCACGUGCGGGCCGAGGCCCUCUCACCCACCAACAUCCAGGUGUCCUGGAGGGAGCCCGACCAGAACACUCAGGACAUCAUCGGUUAUGUGCUCCACAUCCGCAGGACUUCAGACCCAGCGGAGAUGGAGUAUGAGGAGGCCGUCAGUAAGGUGACGCUGCAGCAGAUCAUCAGGGACCUGGAGCCCUCCACCAGUUACACCUUCUACGUCAAGGCCUACACAUCCCACGGGGCCAGCAAACCAUCGGACAGUGUCACCGAGAGCACUCAUGGGGAGGUGCCAGCGCCUCCUUCCCUCUACACCAAGGUGGUGAACAGCAGCGUUAUACAAGCAACGUGGGAACCUUCCUCCAAGAUGGGCCAACAUCAGGGCUUCAGACUGUACUACAGAAGAGCCCACACACCGCUGUUCAUUGGUCCCUUCAGCUUCCCUCGCAACGUCACCCAGUACAACAUCACUCAGCUGGAUCCUGCACUGGUCUAUGAGAUAAAGCUGCUCGCACACAACCAACACGGAGACGGCAACGCCACCGUGCGAUUUGUUUCACUUCGGGAGGCGGUGGAGAAAUCUGUGUUGGACGUCCCAUGCAACUGUGUGAAAGAUGAACAGAGCAAAACAUCCACUACAGGCAUCAUAAUCGGCAUUCACAUCGGAGUCACCUGCAUCAUCUUCUGUGUGCUCUUCCUCGUCUUCAGCUACCGCGGCAGGUUAAUGAUGUGUAAGACGGUUCAGGCCACCCCCCAGGCGGGCCACAGCGCAGUGCUGGAAUCAUCUUCCUCUUCCCAGGGGGCCUCUGGGCUGAACGGGGCUGCCAGGAGAGAGAUGGAGGUCAAUGGCAGCGCAGCGGGGAAGAAAGUGGCCGACAGCAACGAGCUCGAGAGACUUUUCACUCAACCCACCACACAAGAUACAUGCAUGUCCGACUCCUACGCGCUGAACGACACCCAGCUGUCUACGAUACCGCUGGACGGGUUUGCGUUGGAGCGAGAGACGCAGUUCCAGGAGCCUCCUGCGGCGGGAGCGGGUCGGCAGGACCAAGGCUAGUCACGUAUGAAGGCCAAUUCACACGACACUGUCCACAGUGUCCACUUAGACUCUUCUCUCACUCAGGUUGACAAGUGUUUCCUUUCAAAGUAGUUUUUCCUUUUGUGCAAAGAUUUUUUUUAUUGGUAAGUUAAGAAGUUCUGGAGGAUCUAGGACUGUAUAUGGGAGUGUUUUUGGGCCUGAGGUUUGGGAGAGCUCUCUUCUGACAGACGGCUGUUUCUAGCCAGGCAGGCCAGUUCAAUAUUUUUUACAAUUUGGUCUUUUGUUAAUUUUCUGGUGUUGGGCAGCACACAGAAUAGAGCCCCCAGAAUGUCCUCGUUAUACAAUGAUGAUUUUAUUUUUAAGUUUAUAAAUAUAUAUAUACAUAUAUAUCUUUAUCACCUAUAUGUCAAAGUGGUUAUAAGUUAUUGGUCUUAUCUCUACUUUUCUGUGGAUGUCAAAGACUCCUUCUGCCUGCUCUCACCUACCAAUGAUUCCACCUUCUCGCUCACAGAAGACCUCAGCCUUCGUCCAGGGAUUCGAUGUAUUCUGUCUCAGGACUUUGUUUCAGUGAUAUCGACAUUUUUUUAUGAGUUCUCGGCCUUCAUACAGGCACUAGACUUGGCUGUGUGAACCUUACGAUUCAACAAAAACCUACCUCAGCCGGAAUGAAUGUGUUGCGGGAAGCUUUUAGGGACUUUACCUUCCCCUGUGCUCACAAUUACUUUACAUGCGGAGGAACUGAUUGGUUUGAAAAUUACAAGAUCAGGUGCCGCACUACCUCAGAUGUCAAGAAUCGUCUCUCUUCUUCUGCUUGUCGAAGCAAAACGAACAAAAAAACGAGUAUCCAACAUAAAGCACUUCCAAAUGCUGAAGUUAAUGUUCUACCUCAAGAUAACAAUGUUAAUGUUGUCGCUGUUGUUGUUGUUGUUUGUCUGUUUAUUGCAUAAUGAAAAACCCUCUUUUCCCCCCCUCUCUGUGAAAUCCUGGCUUCCCUCUGUUGAUGGUGUUUGUACAUACAAUGUCAGUACCUCAUGCAAGUUGACAGACUGACAACACUGUUGUAUGAAUUACAGUAUGUUAGGAUGAUGUAUGAAUUAUGCUGUUCCAUUGUAAGCUUUUUUUUUUUUUCAUUCAAAAUAUAUAUUUUUUUCCUUCAGUGGAAUGAAAAGAGCGUUAGAGAUACACUGCAUCGCUAAAGAUAUUUUCAGGACUAUUUACUGCUCAACGAGACGUGAUACAUAAUGUUCAAUUGGACAAGAGGCAAAAUAAUAUUAUAUACAGACAUCAUAUACAGUAUGUGUAUGAUUGGAUUCUGUGUGCAUCUGUGUGUAUUUGUGUGUGUGUGCAAAUAUGUUUUAUUGAUUGAUUGAAUGUCUUCAUACAUAUAUGAUGUUUGUAAAACAGGAAGAAAAUUAAGCACAAAUCUUAUCAAAAUGUCCAAAAGUGUAAUGACUUAAAGGAAUAGUUUGACAUUUUGGGAAAUACGCUUAUUGGCCUUCCUGCUGACAGUUAGAUGAGACCACCCUUGUGUCUCUGUGUUAUCUAUGAAGCUACACUAUAGCUGGUAGGCAAUUCACCAAUAAGCGAAUAAGCAUGUUUCCCAUAGUUUCAGCUAUUUAUUUGAUUUGAAUUGGCCGCAGUGUAUAUCUAACCUCAUUCUGGAUAUUUGUUGCUGCAGUGCUCUUAGUGAUUUUAUUUUCACGUCACAUUAUCUGCCUCCUUUUUUAAACAAAGUAGUAGCCUUUUAGACUUAUGGUGCCCAGGAGACUUGACAGUUGCUGAUCAUGCUUGACUAUUGUUACUCUCUUCCCAAAACCACAACUGCUGCUCAUCCUCCUCCCUCCUGCCAACACUGACUGGUUAAAGUGCUUCAGGAACACCGUGUUUAUAAUAUCGGCAGUUAUUGACGACCACAGACAGAGAGCUGGCUGAGGGCGAUAGACGUCGUUGGGUGGCUCUACGAUCACAGGGCUUCUCUAUGCGGCUCUCUGCUCUGUGUCGUCACAUACUGUACAGGACUUGCUCUGAUGCAUCAUGGUUACCUACCUCAACCCUGUUUUUGGCCUUUCUCUCAGGUCUUAAUGAAGGAAACAUACAGAGUACGAGUAGAGGAAUACACACAUAUAAAUGAUAUAUAUAUAUUGCAAUUGUCGCCACAUGCUGGACAGACAGAAAGGGACACAGACACACAAAUGGAGGGAGAACUUUUAACGACCUUUAUCUCGUGCACUAACUGUUGAAACGGUUUAAGUUCAUUAGUUUCUAGUGGAUGUGAAUGUUGGUUAUAAGAUUUUUUUUUUUUUCAUAUCACAAGCUCUUAACUUUAUUUUUUCUCACUGGUGUUUGACUUUAUAUCCUCUGUUGAAAGUUUAUCCGUGAAAACGUAAAGUGGGUGGCACUUACAACUCCAAACGCGCACACAGUUUAUUGAUUUGAUUUCUGGCUCUUAAACCUGAAUGUUACUCGUCAUUACCUCAACUAUGCUGCAUUCACGUGAUAUCGUUCAGAUUAGUUUUAUGAGCAGUGGAGUGGGAAAAACCUCCGAGUUGUAAUACCAAGUCGCUGACACAGCACUGUGGAAACAGCUCUCAGAUAGUUUGGUGUAGUUCGUUCAACACACAUGCUAGCUUUCUCCUUUUUUUGCGUUCGCAAAGAUAACAUUUCUCUAGUUUACUGAGAGGCAGCAGAGCAUGCAGUGAGUUUGUAUCCUUAUACAUCGGAUGUAUCAAGCAAUUUCUGCUUGAUACAUACAUACAGUCUUUUCAAAAUAAACUUCCGUUUUCACAGGAAACAACUUGGUUAGGUUUAGGCAACAAAACUGGUUUGGGUUGAAAUAACUCCGGAAAUGGCGCACCUUAUGUACAGAAGUUACAUAACAAAAACUACUUAGUUAGGUUUAGGAAAAGGUCGUGGCAUUGGGGCUAGCAUCUUGAGCUAACGCAUGAACACUGCAGAAGUCGUAAUAACUACAGGUUUUUCCCAUUUUGCUGACAUUGCGUGAAUGCAGCAUAAGAAGUAAUGAAAAUGUAGGAAAUUGGAAAAUAGUUUUCAAAUGAUUUUUGGCUCAAUAUGCUAUAUCAUAUCUUCUGUUCAUCCACGACAUUCCACUCGAGAGUUGUUUGUGCCCGCCAUCUUUGUGUGAACUGCAUUAUACACAGUUUCCAAUGUAGUGAUCAUCUUCGGUACUGUAAUUUUAUGCCUUUUAAAUGUAUUUGUUUAUUCUUAUUUGUUUGCAGAUUUUCUCCUUGCAUCCAUUUAUUGUAUUUAAUUGUAGGCUUUUGGUGUUAAUAUCAUAUUACAAUAAUGGUACUUGUCAAAAUAGCAGAACAAAUGCUCGAACCUAAAUGUCUCCUGCUUGUAUAUUUAUUAACUAGCAACGUGAUAUUUUCUCUCCGGGGCUGCUGCAGCCUUAAUCAGUGUAUUUACUGUUGAGAGUAAUUUCACUGGGGAAACAAGUGGUGUGCUUUUCUUCCUUCCUUCCUUCCUUCCUUCCUUCCUUCCUCUGUCCCUCGGUGUAAUUUAGGGUUAAUCUCCUGCAGGAAAUUGCCCACAUCUCACCCGUGGAUGUGACAGAUUUUAGUGCCAUUCUGUUUAACCUGAUUCACUGGGAAUGUGGUGCAGUGACGAUCAUGUUUACGUGAUUAGAGUUUGAUAGGACAGGUGUCGCUUUGCUGUAUAAUAUUAGAACAUGUGUGAUUUAACGGAGCCCUCAAAGCUGUUCUCGCUGACUGACUCCAUCAGCAGGUGAGUCCUUUGCUAGCACAGUUAGCGAAGAAAAGGGGCCUUUAUUUUGGGGCCAUAUUUUGCAGCCUUGGGAAGUGCUAUAUCACCAAACUCUGCUCCUGUCAGUUAGCCAGCCUCCAUUUUUCUUUGCUCAAGUAUCCUGACCUUUGGACAGGGAGAGUGUGUGCUCAGGGACUCUCUGAUCCUCUUAUAUGUGCAUCAGCAGGCCGCACUUGGCCUUGACUUCACAUGAUUUUCCUCUUCAGAUUCUGCUUUGUGCCCAGUUCAGACAAAUUUGCUGUAAGGGAUGCCUUCUUUGUUGUUCAUUUACAUAAAUAAGAGAAAGUGUUGGCAGGAUGAGGAGCAUUUAACAUCCCCUGUUUGGCCGCUCUGCUAGAAAUAUAAGGGACAAUUUAUCAGAAAACAUUCGACUUAGUGUCCCAGAGGGUGAUGAAAACAAGGACUUAGGGAUUAUACAUUAACAUGAGGUUACAAUUCUUGGAAAAAUAAUCUGUGACAACUUCACAAGGAGAGUUUACUUUUGUUUUUAAUACUCAGUGAAAGAUUACAGUUAAUGCCUACAAAUCCUUCACAAGUCAGCCUGGAUUACCUUACAGUAGAAGUGAACUUCUAAGGUAAUGCUUCUUGCUAUGGAAAUCUGAUAACUAAAAACCAUCUGUAGUUCUGUAUUUUAUGGUGUUAUUCAUUCUAGAGCUGAAACAAUUAGUCAAUGAAUUAAUAAUUAUAAUCUUUAUUUAUAUAGCAUCUUUCAAAACACAGUUACAAAGCGCUUUACCAUAAAAACAGAACACAUUUAAAACACAAAGAUAACGAAAUGUACUAAAAGCUGAUAACUAAACACAUAAAAACCCAAAGAGUAAAACAACUAAAAUGUGAUAAAACAUAAAAAAAAAAUCACAGAAAAGCAAUUCUAAAAAUGUGUGUUUUUAAAAGUGAUUUAAAGGUCAUAAAUUAAAGGUCAGAAUUGAUCGGCAGAAAAAUCAACUAACCAUUUAAGUCAUUUUUUAAGCACAAAAGCCAAAAAAUGAAUCAAGCUUCUAAAUUGUGAGAAUUUGCUGCUGUUCUUUAUCAUAUGUGAAUGUAAACUGAACAUUUGGGGGGUUUAGACAAAACAAAUAUUUUAAAGAAGUUAUCUUGAGCUUUAGGAAACUGACGUUUUACAGACCAAACUAAUAAUAAAUUAACUGAGAAACUGAUUAAUCGAUAAAAUAAUUUAAAUAAUCAUUACUUGCAGCCGUAAUUCAUUCAUACUUAUUCUCAGGUUGUCACAAAGAAGGCAUCCUGGACUGGGCAUGUGCAGGAUUUGUUUUACAUUGCCAGUAUAUGGCUCUAACUGUCUGUCUUAUGCAUCAACUGAACACAGGUAACCAGAUCAAGUCAGAAGGACAACAUUGGACUAGAUUGAUCUCUCUGUAUAAUGUCUGUUAUAAAUGCUGUAACUUGAUGGUUGAUCUCAGUGGCGAGGAUGUUUUUGGGUAACCUGAAAUAUUCUGGUUACUCUAAAAGUCCUCAGCUUGAUGCAACUAGCCUCUGCUUGAAAUAUCCUUUACAUCAUGUGGUAUUGAUCGUUGUGGCACCAAAUGAUCAUCCGAUAUGAUUGUGAAUUGAUUACAUUUCCAAUGCAUUUAUCUCUGUGGUGUUCUGCUCUGAGACCCCGCUGACUCUACAUGUCAAAUGAUGCUGAGUUUAAAGAUUUUCCAAGUGAUUUAUACUCUUGUCAAAUGGUGAUUUAAUGUAAAUGUACUUUAAUGUUUGAGAUCAGUAUUCUAUUUUAUAUACCUCUGUCAUGGAAGCAGAUUGAAUCCAAUGUGUUUAAAGGUAGAAGGCAGAGAGAAACCUACAGUAGAUCUGCAUGAGAAACGAAAAGCUAACGUGUUAUUUAAGCUGAAAUGAAAAAGUGUUAGUUAAUCCUUAUUGGACUUGUGAUGGUAGCACUGUGAUAUUUAGCCGAAUAACGGCGGAAUAAUGUUGUGAUCUCAAUAUGGUGCUAUUGAUGGUCCCGUCUCACAUUGUCGGUCAAUCUGUUUUGAUGGCGUGUAUUGAUGAAAAUAGGUUGAGUGACCUUUUUCCAUUGACAAAUGUGUCUUGCCCUCGCUGAUGCCUGAUGAUCACCUCAUCCUCAUCCUGUUCCCACCAGUCAUCCUCACAUGAGUGACUCGGGGUGAGGUCCUGUCAGUCCUGUUACCUUUUAAAGUGACAAGUUGUUUUCAUUUUCCUUCACAAACCAUGUUUGCUUGAGGAGAAUGUCUGUAUCGAUGUCGCCAACGCACUCUAAAGCCGUUCGGUCAUCCGUAAUUUUGCCCCUGAAAUAAGAAAAGAGUAGAAUCUCCGCAGGUGAUCGACCCCCCACACCUGUCCUGAGAGGUUAACGUCAAACACGAAAGUCAAUAACAGCUUGUCAGUAAAAACAUGAUUGUUGAAGCUUACGGAGACAUGCAUUGUAAAAUCUUCCUGUAUAGAGCAUCACAUUUACGUUUGUGAUUCACAGUCUGAGCUUCAAUCCUGCAGCACUGCAGGCAAAGUCUUAAAGGGAAAAUUAUGCCUAUAUAUUGUUGCCAUAUGAAACCAUGUAGGCGGAAGAAUAUUUGACCUGCUCUUGCCCGGUGUUGCUGGUUUUCAAGGAUUUUACUCAUUUGCAUAAAAUAGAAGAACUGAUGUGAGAUUAGUUUUAAAGAAAAGUUUUGUUUACGUUGUUUUAUUGGCCAAGAUAAGGAUUGAAACUUUCCACCAUCUCCAGUCAUACGAGGUAAUAAGAAAUGUUGUUGCUGCUAGGAGUUUUAUUUAAUCUGCAGCUGCAAAAUUUAAGACUUCAUUACGGGGUUUAAAGUAUUUCUCUAUGAAGGCCCAGACACACCAACCUGACAUCAAAGAUCUAGUGGCGACGAAGGUUGACCCUUUGUCUUGGCCAAAAAGUUAAACUCGAACACACCUCAAAGACUACAGCCGACGGCCAGUUAGCACAUACGUUCUGCGCCUGCGUGAGA